AUGGACGAACUUCUGACGAUCGUAUCAAUAUAUUGGUUCAAUGGGAAUAUUGCUAAUUCGCUAAGAUAUUACAAGGAGCAUUUCCGAAACCCGUUUAAGCUUUUUUCGCUGAACCGCUACAUAUCUGUUCCAACUGGUUAUGCUGCUUUCCCGAAAGAUCUAAUGCGGCAGCCGAAAGAAGUGAUAGAAAUGAUGUUCAAUUUGACCAGCUAUACAGAAAUGGAGUCUGGAGCACAUUUUGUUGCCCUGGAAGUACCGAAACUUCUUGCCGAUGAUCUUAUUAAAUUUGUUAAAACAAUUCCUGAACUAAUCACAGAAGUCAAGGGCAUGUAA